CACAGUUGCCAAACGUCCGUAGCACCGUGACGAGAGUAGCGUCGUUUUCGUUAUCGUAGUCGUCGUCGUCGUCGUCGUCACCGCCGCCGUUCCACCCGACGGGGUAGUUUUUUCUCGGGUUUUUGUUUUUUGUCUCGCCGACGAAACAAUAUCACAAGUACAAUUACAAUUCGUUGUGGUGCGUUCGCAAUGAGUUAAUAAUAAAAUCAGAGCGUUAUAAGCGACGUCGUAUCUGUCUGUCCUCGUGGGUGUGUGUGCGAGUGCGUAUUAAAGUUAGUGUUUGAAAAACUAAAAUAAGCCGCGGUGAACGAUGACGAGACGUGAUGCCGAAAAAAAGCGAAAAGGGCGACGACCAUUGGCCGCGUGAAUGUUUGACAGAGAAUAGAGUGACCCCUCAUCUCCAACUGAGUCUAUGCCGGUGCAGUGUACAGUGAAUAGUAUGUACGACUUUCGGUUGUCGUCGGUGUUGUUGGUGACGGUCGUUGUCGCGGUCGGCGCAAUGAUCGGCGGCGAGUUGUCGGCCGUCGAAAAAUCGUUACAGUUUGAAGCGGCGUUUCAAGGACGUUGUGGCCACGAUAGUCCAUGUCAACAACUAUGCUACGAGCUUCACGACGGCAUGUUCGAAUGUGAUUGUAAAACAGGAUUUGCAUUACACGAAGAUGGUUAUACUUGCACAAGAAACGAUUCAGUAACGGAUAAGAUCAAAGAGUUCGAAAGAGAUAUCGGACUGACGUUUGUCGAUUCCAAUGAAGUAGAUUCCGAAGAUAGCGUACGGUUUGUAAAACAUGUCGAAACUCAGACAUCCGCUGCGACAGGCUCCCCGGCUUUGUGCGUUCGAAAUUGCGGCGAAGGCACAUGCAUAUUCGAUAGCCAAAACAAACAAACUUGCCAAUGUCCGUUUGGUAAAACUGGAUCCAGCUGCCAGAUCACAAAUCCAAUUAGAUAUCCAAGAUUCAAUGGACGUAGUUGGUUAUCAUUUCCACCACUACGAGGAGCUUACAAACACGUGCAAAUAAGUUUAGAAUUCAGGCCAGAAAGCUGGGAUGGUAUAUUGUUUUUAGCUGCUGAAAGAGAUGAUUUAGUUGGAGAUUUCAUGGCUAUUCUGCUUCACAAUGGCUUUUUGGAAUUUAGGUUUGAUUGUGGAUCUGGUUUAGGAGUAGUUAAAUCUGAAGAAACAGUUAUUUUAAAUCAAUGGAACACGCUGUCUGUAUAUAGACAUAGAUGGGAUGCGUGGAUCCAAUUAAAUCGUGGAAAACGCAUUGCUGGGAGAUCAAAAGGUUUAUUCUCGAGAAUUACGUUUCGAGAGCCUGUCUUUAUUGGCGGUCGAGGUAACACAUCUGGAUUGGCUGAACGUUUUCCAACAGACCGUGGAUUUGUUGGUUGUGUUCGGCUCUUACAAGCCAAUGACCACAGAUACGAUUUUGGUGAAACACCUGCUGGUGAUACAGUCAAAUCUCAAGAAGUUGAGGAAUGCUCUACGGACAAGUGUACAAGAUCUCCUUGUCAACACGGUGGCAAGUGCGUAACAACUACCAAUUCAUCACUAUGUCUAUGCCCUCUUGGUUACACUGGAGAUUUAUGUGAAACAAUAUUAGACUUACAGGUACCAUCAUUUAAUGGUUCCAGUUACUUGAGACAUCCCGCUUUGGGUGACUCAGCUCUGUCAUGGUUGGAUUUAGACAUUGUUUUCAAAACUCAAUCAAUAGACGGCCUAAUACUCUACGAAGGGUACCAAAAGUAUGGUUCUGCUGAUUUCAUAAGUGUUUAUAUGAUUGAUGGUCAUGUAGAGUUUACAUUCGAUCUCGGCACGGGAACAGCAUCAUUAAGGAGUCCAUGGAGUGUUUCUUUAGGAGAAUGGCAUAGACUAUGGAUAUCACGAACGGGAAAAUUAGCAGUUAUGCGUGUGGACAAUCAACCAGAAGUUCAAAUAUUAUCAUCAGGAGCAUUUACGCAACUAUCAUUACCGUUAAGUAUGUAUAUUGGAGGUGUACCCGACUUCGAUACAGUACCUACACAAAUCAAGGUUCGGACAUCGUUCAGAGGCUGCAUACAAAAAGUAACUGUCAAUGAUAAACCAUUACAAAUCGUCCGUGGAGCCUUGUCUGGAGCAAACGUAGCCAACUGCCCGCAUCCGUGCGUGGCCAAACCAUGCGGCGACGACGUGCAGUGCGUACCGAUAUUUGACAAGUACAAGUGUGUAUGCGACAGACGAUGUAACUCGUCCGACAGCGAUCAGGUGUCGUUCGACGGCACGUCUUUCGUACAUUACACCGGUCACGAAGUACAACAAAGGAUCACUGACGGACAUUUGGAUAUUAAUAUGCGCUUUCGAACCACUGCACUCACCGGACUCAUAUUAUGGACCGGGCGGACAGACAGGUCCGCUGACUUUUUAGCAUUAGGAUUACAAGAUGGUCGUAUUGAAGUGACUUACGAUUUAGGGAGUGGUGAAACGGUAAUUAGAUAUAAUACUACUGGAUUACCUAUAAACGACGGACACUGGCACAGAAUGAAGUUUACUAGAGAUGAGAGAUUGAGUGCUUUGACUAUAGAUAAUGGUACGAAAAUGAUAACAAUUUCAACAGGACGACUAAAACAACUCAACACAAAUACAGGAUUGUAUUUAGGAGGUACGGAAGACGUGGAGAAAUCUACGGGAAAGAGAUACAGAAAAGGAUUUGUUGGUUGCAUUUCGGACUUUAUCCUAAACACGGACUACCAAGUGAAACUGUCUUGGUCCACAGGCAGAGAACGUGUUUGCAUAUCAUAGAGCGUGAGCGUCGUACGCAAUUAUUUCCUUCCUCCAGCACUCGUGCGCGCGUGUACACACUGAGCUUACGUAUAAACGUGUAAAAAUGACAACAAAACAUAAACAAAAAAACUUUAAUACCUAUCGCAGUUUUCAACUGAAGUAAAAAAUAUUAACUAUAAUGUGUUUUCCUAACGUUUGAUAUCUAGUCUUGUAUUGUAGUUAAAGGAAAUUCUGUUUUAGAUUAUCAUCAUUAUUAUUAUUAAUAUUAUUAUUGUUAUUUGUAAUACGAGUUAAAUUGAAGAACCACUAUUUGACUAGCUUCAAAAGUUCGAAUGUUCGGUCUUAAAACAUAAUACUUAUCAUAAUCGUUUUAAUAACACGGGUAAUUAUUAUGUAGGCAUCUUUAUUACCCAUGUAUCGAUGUUUAUCGAAAAGACCUAUAUAUUCCGUGUAGGCUAAACUCACCUACCUACCGCCCGCACGCGAAUUGUUUCGCAUCGUUUGACUCGAGUAACUGCAUAAUAAUUAUAAUUGUUAUUAUCAUAUUAUGUUUUGAAACAAACACGAACAAUAUUAUUCGUAAUCAUCAUUCGAACGCUCCUUCGCAUUUUCUGUACACUGAUACCUACACUUUAAAGCUUACUAUUGUAAAUAAUACUGUAUAUCGAGAACAAUAUCAGCCAAUAUAGAAUUUCUGGGCAAAAACAACGAAAUUCCGUAGAACAUUUCUGGAAAAAGAAUUUUUUCUAUACGAAAAAUGAUUCAAUGUUUAAUAUAAUAUGUUUUUAAGUCGUACAGCUAGUGAUAAUAUUUAUUAUUUAAUAAUUAAUAUUAUUAUUAUUAUUUUUUUUUUUUUUUUUUAAACAAUUUUGGACGAUGAAAUUUUUAAAAUAUUUUUCUACACCGGUGUAACGCCACUAAUAUAUCUAUCGACGACUUUUUAGUAGGUAUCCAUUUUCCUAUCUUCAUACAUCAUACACAACAUCACUGUUGCGUGCGUUGCAUAUAUUUUAGAUAUUUCAAAAACAUAAAUUACAAGGUUUUUACGUACAUAUCUUAAAGUUAGAAAAUAAAAAUUGUAGACAAUAACCCUUAAAAUCAUAUUGGUGUUUUUUUUUUAUAUAGAAUCGUGCAAUUAUAAUAUAAAAAUAUUUAUGAUUAUUAGUAAAAUAUUGUAUUCAAUUU